GAUUUCUCCCAGAAUAAAGUAAAUACAGUUCUGAAGGCGAACACAUGUGUUCAACUGACAGCCAUAAAAUUACUCCAAAGCAUGGAUGAUAUUCUGAAGUAUGAGAAAGAUGACAGUGAAAAUUUCUAUUCCGUGUUGGGAUGUGACGAAUUAUCAAGUGAGGAACAGAUAGUUGCUGAAUAUAAAGCAAGAGUCAAUAGUUGUCAUCCUGAUAAAAACCCAGAUGAUCCUACUGCAGCUGAAAGAUUUAUUAGAAUACAAAAGGCAAAAGAAGUGCUGACAGAUCCUAGUCGAAGAAAAAAAUAUGAUCGUUGGAGAAGGUCGGGUUUGUCUAUUAGUUAUUCUCAGUGGUGCAAUAUGGCCCCAGCACAGAUGUCUAUGCAUUGGGCAAGCAGUAAAGCACAACCGAUGAUCAGCGACACAACCACCUCAAAUAUUGUUGCAUCUAAAAUACAGGAUGACGCACCUAAAACCAGAUCUAUUCCAACUCAUUUUACAAAUGAAAGAGAAAAUAAUAUGGGUGAGAAACAGACUAACAGUAAGACAGAAGAAAAUUGUAAGAGAUCAUCUAUCAAUCUCCACUGCUUUAAAGAUACACCAGCAGACCUAAUAAGAAAAUUCAGAAAUUAUGAAAUAUAAUGCCAGAGUUGUGAUAAUGAAAGAGGAUAAUUGAAUCUUUAAUACACAUUAACUAGUCCUAGAUCGUUUAUAUUAGCUUCUAUACAAUUUCAACUUGUAUUAUAUAAUACUUGUAAUAGAAUAUGUUAGAAAUUGUACUGUCAAAUGGAAUGUUUAUAGUUUUAAGUUAUCUAGUCUUGGUCUGUAACAAAAUGAAUUUUCCAUGCUCUAAGUUUACUUCUACCUACUUAAUUUGGAUUUUCAGAAAUAGUCUAUUGUUUAAGGGUUAUGAGUCUUGCAAUAUGCAGAUUUAUGUUAAAAUAAGUAUGUUAAGUUUAGUAUGAUUUUUAAAACGAAAAUAUUUUAUAACAUUCACUGAAUUAGGAUAUUUAGUUUGGUUGUCCCUAUUAGGAACAUGAUUCUACAGAUGCAUUUUAUUAUUAGUCUUUUAGAGAAACAUAUUAUUAUAUGUAUUUUAUUAUUAUAUUAAUUGUUAUGUUUGUUAUUAAUGAUUUUGAAACUUUUAUGUAAUAUAAUUUUUGUUAAUAUGUAUAUAUGAUAUGUUAUGAGGAAAUAAAACUUAUUAAGUCACAAAUUU